AUGGGAGUUGUCGAUGGACAGAGCAGCCAAAACGUUUCUGAACCAGGAGCUCAGGCCGACGCGUCUGCAGAUAAAAAGGAAGAGUCCCCCGCCGCCGUUGUGCCAGGUAAAUAUUCAUCAAAAAUUGGUCAUUUAUUCAAUUCUUAUGACACACUACAGAUUCUUCUACCGAUGAUUUCAAAGACGAUGAAAAUCAACUUCAAGAUCAGCAACUUGAUCAGAUAGAACAAGAAGUAAUUUUUUUGGUUUAUUUUUUUAUAUAGGUAAGCUCGGUUUUUUUCAGCAAAAGCAGCUUCCACUUGUUAGCGAUAAAAUACCUUUCGACGUUAUUGUGAUGGAAUAUGAUUCCACGAAUGGCCCCGAGUUUCGCAAAAAAGCCGAGGUUGGUUUUUUUUUUUUUAGUUCUUUUUGAAAUAUUGAUAGAUCAUUUUUCCAGGAGUUGGCAGUUGUAUAUUCAGACGUUCGACAAAUCAGAGGAGACGGGAAUUGUUUUUACAGAGCAGUCCUUGUCGGUGUGACUGAAUUGAUCUUGAAAGAUCACGAAGAGGCUCGAAGGUUCUGAAAAAAUAAACAGUUUCACCCCUUGAAAGGAAUCUUCCAGGUUUUUAACGGUUUGUGAAGGAUGGGUAGAUCGACUUCUCAAGUUAGGCUUUCCUGAUUGGACGACGACCGAUUUCUGUGAUUAUGUUAGUUUCUUUCUUUUUUUUUCCAAAUUUCCACCAACAAAACGUUUUAUUCAGUUUGUCAGCUGGGUAAAAAGCAUUAUCAAUAAGGAGCUGAAGCCUGACCAAGUAAUACCUGGUUUGAAUGAAGAUCAUCAUUGCAACUAUCUUAUUAUUUUUCUAAGGUUUUCUCCAUCGAAAAACAGAAUAUAAUAGUUGUUUAGGUUGAUAUCUUCGGGGUACCUUAAAGAACACACCGAGGAAUACGAGCCCUUCAUUGACAACGGUCAGUCGCUUUCCGACUACUGCUGUUCGGAGAUCGAAGCAAUGUGGAAGGAUGUUGACCAUCUCGGAAUCACUGGCCUCGUUUCCGCUCUUGGUUAUUUUUUGUUUUAAAAUCAUCAUGUGUGCAUCAAAUUAUUAUUUUUUUGCAAAAAUUGAAUCAAAUGAGGAGUUUUUUCCUUGAUUUUUUGAAGUUUUCACAAAACUAUGUUCAUUUCUUUUUCAUUAGGCUUUGCUCAAGAAUUGUUUUCACAUUCGUUCAAAGUAAAUGUUUACAAAACAGAUUUUCAAAGUUUGAAAAUUCUUAAUAAAAACUUAUAAAACCCUAUAAAACUGUAAAACCGUAUUUCGUUUCUCAAAAUAAUGAGCUUAGUUUUUUUUUUCAGAAAGACCGAUUCGAGUAGAGUACAUGGACCGUUCUGCUGCUCCAAACGGCGGCUGGCACUACGAUUUCCCACCGGAACAAGCCGAAGCGCCAAAAAUUGUUCUUCUCUACCGUCCUGGUCAUUAUGACCUUAUUUAUAGAAAAGAUUGA